CAGCAAGAAGAAUCAGAGUGGGGAAGGGGAGACAUUGAUAUUUUUAAAGAAGUGGAUGAUAUGGGGCUAGGGAGAAUAGAAUGGAGCAUAAAAAAUCAUGGUGCAGAGGAUGAUGACAGUACUAGCCUGAUGCAGCAUAUGAAUAUUACAUGGCAGCGGUUAUCUGGGCACCCUCUGCUUGCCCUUAACAAUAAACAAAAGAAUGAAGCCUUCAGCACCGAUGCUAACAGCCGGCCACUCACCAUUGUAGAAAAUCCCGAUCCUUCAUCAGAGCAAAUAUAUGACAUUCCUAAGCCACCACGUCCAGUAGAAGGCCCUUACUCUCCUGUCUCAUCUCAGGAAAUAAAUGCAGGAGAAUUCCUGAGAGAGAGACGAUCAUUACUGAGUGAUGAAGCUUCUGAACAGUGGAAAAACGAUGAAAGUACCUGCUGAUAUAAUUAGCUGGCAAAUUUAGAAAAUAUUCAAUGCUAGAGUUAUUUUAUUAAGUAUAUAAGUUUCAGUAUGACAUAAAGGAUCACAUGUAUUGUU